AGCUGGAGAGUGGCGAUGAUAGUUGUCAUAACAACCUACCAACAACUUUAAUAUUGUCGUCUGUUCUGUAUUUAAAUGCUGAGUGUUUUGGUUGAUGUGUUUUUAAUGCAAACAGUUACUGUAAUAGUCUGCAGUUUCUUUUAUUGUGAAAAUAAUUAUAACUGUAUUUAUUUGGUCUGACUAAGCUAUGGUGUUGAUAACAGAAGAACUUGUUAGAAAAAGAAGCGAGCACAAUGAAUGUGUCAUUUCUACCCUCGAAGAACUCUCCUUGCAUCAAGAGGACAUUGAAAAGUUUGAACACAUUCAAAACUGGUGCAGGGAUUUGAAAAUUUUACUGUUACAGUCCAAUUUAAUAUCAAGAAUAGAAAAUGUACAUAAAAUGAAAAACUUGGAGUAUCUAAAUCUUGCUUUAAACAAUGUAGAAGUUAUUGAAAAUCUUGAAGGAUGUGAAUCCCUCCAAAAGUUGGAUCUAACAUUAAAUUUUAUCGGGGAUCUUCUGUCAGUAGAAAGAUUGAAGGCGAAUCAACAUCUUCAGCAUCUGUACCUGACCGGAAACCCCUGCACAGAUUACGAGGGUUAUCGAGAGUUUGUAGUGGCAACACUGCCACAAUUACACACUCUUGAUGCUAAGGAGAUUGAACGCUCGGAACGCAUCAGGGCUGUCCAGAAUUACACCCUUGUUCGGCCAAAGAUUAUUGCUCAACAGCUUGAUUACAAAAAAAAAAGAGAGCAACAAAAGAAAAGCGCCGAAGAAAAAUGUCUGAACGCUGCUGGGGAUAAAGCCACUAUGGAUGAUUCUAAGUUUUGGGAAGAAAUAAGUGAAAACACGCCUGAGACAAGGAUUGAAAUCGCCCAACACUCAAGGCGAGCAAAACAAAAACCUGAAGAAGUGAAAAAUUCAACAAAACGAGAAAUCAAUCUGUUUAAUAAAGAUGGAAAACCAAACAACAUAAAUGAGGCCAAACUGUCAUUUUCAUUUGAAGAUGACGAGGAUAGAAACUGCUACGUCCUAACUUUAAGGAUUUACAAACACCUGGACACCAGUUUGUUAGACGUGGAUGUACAGCCGACGUAUGUGACAGUUAGAGUCAAGGGGAAGGUGUUCCAGAUCACACUGGAAGAUGAGGUCCAAGUGUCCUUGUCAACAGCGCAACGUUCACAAACCACAGGCCACUUGGUAGUAACAAUGCCCAAGGUUAAUGGAGUUGUAAAGAUGAAGCCACCAGUCAACCCAUCGACUCCAUCCUCUACUCAGACUUCAGGAUGUGAUAUGUCAAAGCGCCAAUACCUGGAAAUAGGUAAGCCUGAUGAUAAAAUGGAUUUUAGCAAGAUUUUUGAUAGAAGUAAUAAAAGAAAAAUGAAACCACUAAGGGAGAAAAUAGAGGAAAAACUUCCAUCUAAGGAUUUCAAAGAUGAUCCAAGUGUGCCUCCAUUGGAGUAGAUGCAAAAUCUGCCGUUGGGUAUUAAUGAAGCAUUAACAUACCAAACUGUAGAUGACUAUCAAUACAAUUCAUGAUUUCGAAGAUAAUGACUGAAAAUUGAAAUAAA